CACAAACAUCAUAAUAUUAUCUGUUUCUCUUUUUAGCUGGGCUAGGUUUAUCAAAUACAAAUUAUGCUCGUAUUUUGGAAACACUUUGUACAGACCCUGCCAUUGCUGUAACUCUCAUGGCUCACCAAUCUAUUGGUCUUAAGGUGAGUAUGACAUUGAAUCUUUAAAGGUAGGGGUCACCGUGCAGUCUGAAUAGAGCUUUCUUCAUGUUGUUAUUCAGCUGAAUACCGGACAGUUGAAAAAUAUCCGGCGGAAUUAUCCGGCCGGAUACCUGAUAUUGUUGAUAUGAUAAGGUUUUGAUCAACUUUCAUUUAAGGUAAAACAAUGGUUUUAAUUGGUUAUAAGUGAGGCGGUUUAUAAUAUUUUCACUUGAAAUCAUAGGAAAGAACUUGAACAGUUUAACAUCGAUAAACCUGCACAGUUGCAAAAGCCUUACCCACAAAAGGUAAAAUCCACGUUUUAGCAUUCGUAAACAAGCAUGAUAAUACUGCCAGAUUCUUUAUGAUCAUUUCAAGUAAAAUAUACAGCUAAUUCAAAAAAGUUUGUCCUUUGCAAACCUUAAACUCUAAACCUUAAACCUUAAACUCUAAGGCUAAGCGUGCAAAGCAUAACGGGAGCAUCAUUUGAUCAGUUUAGAAAUCAUAUUAGAGAGGCAGUAAAUAUCUCCUUACGAGAACAAUUCAUUCACAAAUAUAUAGCUGCAAUAUUCAACUACUAAGCUUGAAACUUGUGCUUCAUAUAUCGAUUGGAAGCUUUGCGCUCUUAGAGUUUAAGGUUUAGAGUUUAAGGUUUGGAAAGGACAACCUUUUUGAAUUGGCUGUAAAUAAUAGUUAUAAACAUCCCUACUUUUUUAAGCAUAUCAAAUUAUUUUUUUAACCUGAAAACGACCUGAACCAGCUUGUAUAAACAAUAUCUGGUAUCCGGCCGGAUAGUAUAUAGAAGUAUCCAGCCAAAUAUCGAGAUUGCAUGUACUGUAUCUCACUAUCCGAUCCAGAUACCAGCUGUAUAUAUGAUAUACAGUACAGUAUAUCCAGUGCAUCCUAUUUAAAGGGUGGAAAGGUCGCAAGAGGUGACCUCAACAGAGGAGGCUAAGGAUCGUCCUAGUCUCCUACAGCUACAGUAUCCUGAAUGAAAGGGGGAUAAUAUUUCGCCUCCUCCUCCCUCCCAUAAAUUGAUGGCCACUAUCAUGUUUGGAGUCCUAAAGCCCUGGGCAAACUAGGAAACAUUGUUGCCGAAACAUUGUUUCCUACCAAUGUUUCGCCAUGUUUUCAACAGUGGGCAAACACUAGGAAACAUUAGUGAGAAACAUAGGGAAACAUCAAAUGUUUCUGAAUUCGCUAGGAAGCAUUUUUUCUUCUCGCGAAGCAACUUUUGUUUCCGCAACAAUGUUUCCACGGGUGGGCAAACAUGGAAACAUUUGAGGAAACAUCGAGAAUCACAAAUGUUUCCACAACAAUAUUUCCUAGUUUGCCCAGGGCUUAAGCUUCCUAAUUAUUGCACUCGAGUUUCCAUUGAUUUUAUAUGAAUAUUAAUUUAAUUUUAGGGAAUUUUAAUAUUAGGCACAGAAGAACAAAAAACAAAAUAUCUGCCGAAACUUGCCAUGGGUGAGAACAUGGCUGCUUUCUGUCUCACUGAACCAUCCAGGUAAUUAUAUACUGCAUCUUUAUUACAGCGUAUUUUAUAAUGCAUUUCAGAAAGAAAGGACUAAAUCGCUAGUUAAGAGCCCCCCCCCGCGCCCUCUACAAAAUCUGUAUGGAACCACCGAAGCCUGGAUUCGCAAGAUUUACAUUACUUAUGCAGUUAUGCACACAGUUUGAAAUAAAGUUCGGAAGUUUUUUUACCAAGUGCUCAAUCGAUCGGACGUUUUAUAUCGACAAAAAAUACCAACCACGUUUCUUGAAUGACUUGGGUGUUAACCAAAGACAUUGCAUUUGAGCAUCGCACAAAGAGUACACCAUUGUCAAAUUUGAAAACACUUUUAAUAUACCUUAUUUUUAGUGGCACAAAAUAUUUCUUUACGUACAGUAAUUUACCUAACAGAAGCUGGGAAUGUAAUCGACAAAUGUGUGACCAAAUUUGAAAAUCUCCGAUCAAAAAUAACUUUGAUCGAAACUUUUUCGGAACAGUUUUUCUUUAAACGUUAUUUCAGGUUCUGUAUACAGGAUGGUAAUACCAUCUCCUGUAAAAUCUGAAACUCCUUCCUGAAAAAUAUGUAUGCCCUCCUCCUGGAUCUCUUCCCAGUUCAAUAUUACAGCAAUUACCAUAAUGUCAUUGGACAAGUCAUUGUUUUUGACUUUUUAGUGGUAGUGAUGCUGCUUCUAUACAGAGUAGAGCCACUUUAAGUCCUGAUGGAAAGCACUAUAUCUUAAAUGGAAAUAAAGUAAGAAUUUUAGCAAUUUCAGACUUUCACUUUCAAUUGAGUCUUUCAACGCAUAAUGGUGCAUUUAUGUGUUAGUGUGUCGACAUUAACUUACGUUAUUGCACCUUUCAUAGAUCUGGAUAUCGAAUGGAGGAUGGGCUGACGUUUUUACAGUCUUUGCAAGAACAAAUGUAACAAAUGAAAAUGUAAGUUAACAAUUUGGUGUACAUUUUCGUAUCAAUCAUAAGAACAGAAUGCCCAAGCUCUACUUAUGCCUGCAUCGAGCCUUUAAAAAGCAAAGUAAAACUGUAACCAGGCCUUUUCUCGAAGCAUGGUGAAAUUCUUAGUUGUGCAGUACUUAAGCUGGUGUACUGUACAAAUGAAGAUGUACUGUACAAAGACUCAAGCUGUACUUAGUCUUUAAAAUGAAGUACAUAAAGUGCAGGUUUCUGAAAGGUAUUGGGUAACCUGAAUCUACGAGUUAGAACAAGGAGCACAAUUACACAUACAAAAAUAGGUACACUAGGCGUACAUGUAUCUGCACUGAUUGAUGUACCACACGGAUGUACUGAACACCUCAUGCAUGCAGCCCAACAUACAUGGUAAUUCGGUAUUCCCUGCAUAAUUCAAUUCAGCUCAGAGAUUGAGUUAUUAAAAUUAGAAGAUUAUUCUUAUUAAGAUGAUUGUUCUCAUUUUAACCUUUUUCGUGUUGUUAUGUAUUUGAAUUUAACAGAUAUAAAUUUGUAUUACGUUCGAAAACGAUUAUAGUCUAAUGUAUUGUGAAAUAAAUUCGAUUCUUGAAGAUUAUGAGGCCUGUUUCAAGCAUCUGCUGAAGCUUAUUCUGUCGGUACAAUAGAUGUAUGAUGCGUGGUCCGCGGUGUUGUCCACUGAUGUAGUCCAGGGAUGGAUUUACUUUAGCCCUGGCGAGAGGGCGUGCUAUUUUUCAUGACAAAGCAAGAAAUAAUAUAGUCUAAAAGGAGAUACAGUAAUUUAUAUAUAUAGCGUAUAGCAUAAAGCAAAAGUUUUGAAAGUCAAAAUAGUGUUCCAAAUCGUUCGUAUUUCGACACUUCAAAUUUUAAGAGUAAAACAUUGGAUCAUUACCCUCCAGACAUUACGUGACUGUUAAGAGACCGUGGUUAACAAACUUAACAGACGCGAUAGCAAUAUGCGCACGCAAGCGCAGAUACAAACCUACGGUUGACUCUAACAUUCCUUAGUCCCAUCAGUCUUAUCAUGUUUCAUGCCAAGACAUGUCAGACUAAUGCACACCAGCGAAUAGUGAGUACACAGAUAGCGAGACAUCCACAUACCUAUAUGGUACUUGGCUGAAAACAAAAGAAGUACCAGACUACAAUAUUAGAUACCUUAAGCCCGUUUUCCACUCACGUAUUUCGCCGCCGCUGGCGAAAAAGUUUGACAAAGAAAUCAUUUUUUUACAUUCAUUCGCCGCUGAAGAAUUUGUUCUUCUGCUGUUUGACCUUUCGUUGACGGCGCGAAAUAACAACAAAUGAACUUUUUCGGUGGCGAAAUUUUUCGCCAGCGGCGGCGAAAUACGUGAGUGGAAAACGGGCGUUAAGAUGUAGGACGGAAAAGCGACGACGACGGCCAAGACAAAUUAUGAAUUGUAUGAAUAACAAAGCAAUUCCAUGAAUUUAAUACAGCUCGAAGAGAACAAAACAGAGGCUUUUUAUUCAGUAGAAUUCCACAUUAGUACUGAACCAAUUUGCUGUGUAUCCACUUCUUAUGUACUAAAAUGCAAACGUUGUACACAAGAUGUAAAAACUCUUGUUCACCGGUAGGUAGUAUGGUAGUAAAUAGUAAAUAUUGUUCAGUAGUAAAUAUUUCAGUAGUUCCAAAAACAUUAAAUUUUAUUAAACUAUUUUGUAAAGGGUGAAAUUGAAGACAAGAUAACGGCGUUUGUUGUCGAGAGGGCGUUUGGUGGAGUAAGCAAUGGAAAGCCCGAGGACAAAAUGGGAAUAAGAGGAUCGAAUAGUGAGUCAAACAUUUUUGUAAUGCAAAACCGUGUGGUUUCAACUGCCUAGAAGUUGUCAAAUAUACAGUUUUCGAUUAGUUAUUGGUGUUCGACACAUCAUGAUAGAUUAUUCAAUACAUCAAAGUCUCGUUGAGCUUUAUUUUUAAAAAAUUAUUUAACAGCUUUAAUUUGGCGCGUAGAUAACUUGGAAAUAUUGUACAUAGAUAAUGAAAUAUUGUACAUAGAUAACUUAUACAUAGAUAAUGACAUUGAACAAGAAUAUGAAAAAUAUUAACUAGGUGCCAAACGUGGCGAAACACAAACGGAGCUACUGUAUGUUUCAUGCAUGGUGCUCUCCAUUAGAUGAGAUGUAUAGAUGAGGAAGAAAAAUGUAGAAUAUAAAAAUGGAAGGUGAAUGGAAAACUAGAAUCACGGAAGAGAGAAGUACUGUAGCAGAAUGAAUGAAUGACUUGGAAGACUGGGCCGGAUUUUGGUGAAAAUAGUGGGAGGAAGUGGAAAAAAAUUUAGGGGAGGUGCAGCAGUUUGGACUUAGAACGGGCCUAAGUCAAUGACAUGAUACACUCAUUGUAUCAGUGUAUCAAUGAAUUAUGACUGUACGACUCAUCCAAUUUUGCCCUUCAUUAAAUUACUACAAAGCUUCUUUCAAAACAUUGCAUUGAAAAGGUACUUAACACAUAGAUGAAUGGCUAUACUGUUUCAAUUUUACAGAAAAACUUUCUUACGAAAGACCCUAAGCAACCAUCAAAUUUACUUUGAUCUAUCAUUGAAACUUUCCCAUGAGAAGGUGCAUCACUUUUCAAGGGAGGUGCAAAACGAUCUCUGGGGAGGUGCGCACCUCCCCUCAAAAUCCAGCCAUGCUUGAAUAUAUUAGUUAGUCGUGAUCAAUGAGUGUGAGCUAGGUAAAUCAGGAGUGUAGGUGUGCCAUACCUUGUGUAGGUAUGAUUGCAUGAUUUAAAUUAGGUAUGAGUGCAUGAUUUAAAUUAGGUGGAGAGUAGUUUAUAAAUUAUACAUUUAAAUUUAAUGCGUUUUUCAGCAUGUGAAGUGAUAUUUGAAAACACUCCAAUCCCAGUUGAAAAUGUUCUUGGCGAGGUGGGAGGAGGUUUCAAGGU